AUGAUGCGUGGACUUUAUGUUCUUACCGUAUUUGGUCGACCUGAAAAGGAAACAGAUAACAUAGAUACUUCAGCUACGUCAAAAAGACAAAGUGCAAUUCAACAACAACGAUUACGUGAAAAAGAUCGCGA